AUGGUGGCGUGCUUGUCGCCCUCGGACAAGCACUACGAGGAGAACCUCAGCACGCUCAGCUACGCCUCGCAGGCGGCGAGCAUCAAGAACACCCCAACCGUCAACAUCGAUCCCAAGGACCGGCUGAUCCAGCAGCUGGAGGCGAAGCUCGCGGCGGCCCACGCUUACAUCCUGAAGCACCUGGGGGUGGCGGAGCUGCCCCAGUCGCUGCUGGACGCGGGCGACGCGGCGCUUGCGAAGCGCCCGCGCGCCCGGCAGUUCGCGCGCAGCGCCGACAAGCGGGAGAGGCGCGGUGCCGAGCAGGUCGGCUCCCAGACGGCGCCGCAAGGCCGCAGAGGGGGGAGGCUCUGA